CUCUAUGUGUUUUUCUCUAUAUUUUUUCUCCCUUGUUGCAACACAAAACAUGAUUGGUGCAGUUGUAAACAAAUGACAAAUGCGUUAGUCGAAAUUGAUUUUUUCAAUACUAUUUGAUUAUAAAAAAAAUACUUUAGAUAAUAGUAUUAUAAUAUUACUAUAAAUAACGCAAUGGAUACAAGUAACAAUAGCGACGAAAAGACUGAAUGCGAUAACAUAACGGCACUUGAAUUACAAAAGUCCAAACGAAUUUUGUACUUCAGCGAUGGUAUUAUGGAAGAGCUUUCCGAGAGUGAUGGAGAAGAUAUUGGACCUGAUAUAACAGACAAAAGUAUGAAUGUAGACAUUGAUAUCGCGUCUCUUCCUUUAGGACCUCGCAUAAAGUACCAAGCAUAUCAAAUGGGAAACCGUUUUCUAAAUGGAAUAGAUUAUGUAGGCGAAGGCUUAGCAAGUUUUUUUGGUAUAACUACCCCAAAAUAUAUGAGUGAAUCUGAUAUUGAAAAUGUCACAAAACGAGAAUCACAAAUGCAUGAUUUGGAUGAAGAUAAGCAUGAGAAUGGUGGAGUUUGGUAUCAUAACAAUAAUAUAAACACGUCAAAUAUAGUAAUUACAAGUUAUCCAUGAACAUAUUUUGCCAUAAACAGAUAAUAAAGUGUAUUUUUUAAUACGAAUAUGUAUGUACAUUUAUAUGAAUCAUACUAACCGCAUAA